UAAUUGGUUUUUCAGUUUGGAGGGUUAGGGUUAGGAUACGUAGCAGAUAAUGAUAAUGCCAUUCUCUUGAAUGCAUUUGAAACCAAACAGUGAUGACAGAUGACUGAAUAUGUUUUUGUGUGCACUGGUUUUCCUUCGUUUGGUCUCUUUUGUCUUUGCAUUUUGAUUUUCAUUCAGAAUUGAAUCUUUAACAGUUUCAUCUAAUUGUAAUGCAAUUUUUAUUCUGUGUUUGGUUAUUUAAUAAACAGUAAAAUACUUGAUUACUUUUCAUAAAUUGAGCACUUUUGGUGUGAUAAUUAAUAUAUGGUACUUAAAAAAUAGCCAUAGUAUGUAGUUCUUUAUAGGAGAUGUUUGCGAUUUAGGAACUGUUGUUUAAUUAAUACUGAUCCACCCUAAUCAUUUGUGUACUACUACCUAGAAAGUAAUUAAACUGUAUUUUUCGGUAGUUAACACUUAAAUGACUAAGGAGUUAAUGCAGCACUCAUCAUUUUGUCCUUGCUUAAUCCCUAAAUGGUUACCCACUAACUAUGAAACCGUAUCAUGAAAUGUGUAGCGUGGACUAUGUUAAUGAAGAAGGAUGGCAGUUGACCGUUUUUGCUCAUUUACUGAAAACGCUCCAAAGUGCUCCAAAGAUGCUUACAUACAUCCCUGGAUUGAAGAAUGAUGGACCAGCUUGGGGAGACCCUGGUGGGAUUUCACCAUGGCUUUGGCCACUGGUUACUGACAAAUGGACACGCGUGUGAGUAGAACAUGCCACGGGGACUUUUUGAGUUUGAGCAACACUGGACAUUUAUGGUGUAUUCAUAAUUUUGGAAUGCUACUUUGAAGAUCUCGGGAAAAUCUUUGCACAGCUUUGAAACUGAUCCAGACUCUGUCUUCCUCUGUUUUCCUCAGUCUCCUCCUCUUCCUCUCACACCACUCCUUCUCCCUGUGACACUCCACCAAACACAGAACCAGGAAGCCACUCCUGCUCAGUUCAGAGGAAACGAAACUGAUCUCAGAGAGCUGCUCUCUCUCAGGCUGUGAGUGCAGGAAAAUGGCAGAGGCCAGUAUUUCAGUAGAUCAGGACCAGUUCAGCUGUCCAGUCUGUCUGGAUCUGCUGAAGGAUCCAGUAACGACUUCCUGUGGACACAGUUACUGUAUGGUGUGUAUUAAUGGACACUGGGAUCAGGAUGAUCAGUGGGGGGUCUACAGCUGCCCCCAGUGCAGAGAGACCUUCACUCCAAGGCCUGUUCUACGCAGAAACAACAUGCUGGCUGAAGUGGUGGAGAAACUGAAGAAGACAGAACUCCAAGCUGCUUCUCCUGCUCACUGUUACGCUGGACCUGGAGAUGUGGAGUGUGAUUUCUGCACUGGGAGAAAACGCAAAGCCAUCAAGUCCUGUUUGGUGUGUGUAGCGUCUCUUUGUGAAGCUCAUCUUAAACCUCAUCUGGAAAUUCCAGCCUUGAUCAAACACAAGCUGGUUACAGCCUCUUCAAAACUACAGGAGAAGAUCUGCUCUCAGCAUGAUAAACUGAUUGAGAUCUACUGUCGUACUGACCACAGCUGCAUCUGCUAUUUGUGUACGAUGCAUGACCAUGAAGGCCACAAUAUAGCUGCAGCUGCAGUAGAGAGAACCCAAAAACAGGCUCAGCUUAAGAAGAUGCAAAGGAAAAUCCGGCAGAAAAUCCAGGAGAAACAGAAAAAUAUGAAGAAGCAGAAACAGGCUAUGAACACUCUUAAGCGCUCUGCACGGGCAGCAGUGGAGGACAGUGAGAGGAUCUUUACUGAGCUGAUCCGCUCCAUUGAGAAAAAGCGCUCUGAGGUAACAGAGCUGAUCAGAGCUCAGGAGGAGGCUGAACUGAGUGGAGCUGAAGAACUCCUGGAGCAACUGAAGCAGGAGAUUGCUGAUCUAAAGAGGAGAGACACUGAGCUGGAGCAGCUUUCACACACAGAGGAUCACAUACAUUUCCUCCAGAGUUUCCAGUCUCUCUGUGUCUCUUCUGGAUCUGAGGACUCACCCAGCAUCACUGUCCAUCAACAUCCCUCAUUUGAUGGAGUGAGGAAAUCUCUCUCUGAUCUGAAAGAGAGACUAGAGGAAUUCUGCAAGCAGGAAUUCAGUAAAAUCUCUCCACAUGAUGCCCCGACUACGAUAUUGUUACGCUCAGAACCAAAGACAAGAGAAGAUUUUCUACAGUAUUACCGUCAUCUGACUCUGGAUCCCAACACAGCACAUCGUAUCCUCAUUCUGUCUGAGGAGAACAGAGUGGUGACAAGGGGUGGAUGUACCCAGCCAUUGUUUGAUCAUCCAGAGAGAUUUAACCAAUGGUUUCAGGUGUUGUGUAGAGAGAGUGUGAGUGGACGCUGUUACUGGGAGGUUGAGUGGAGCAGUGAGGAAUUGGGAGUGACCAUAGCAGUCUCAUAUAAAGGAAUCAGCAGGAAAGGAAAUGGUCAUGAGAGCAGGUUUGGACUCAACAAUCAAUCCUGGUGUCUGGAUUGUUCUUCGUUCUUCUCUUUCUGGCACAACAAUGUCGGGACUGAGAUCUCAGCCUCUUCAUCCUCCAGAAUAGGAGUGUAUGUGGAUCACAGUGCAGGAACUCUUUCCUUCUACAGUGUCUCUGACACAAUGACCCUCCUACACACAGUCCACACCACAUUCACUCAGCCUCUCUAUGCUGGAUUCUGGGUUCGUGGUUUUGGAACAAGUGUAAAAUUAUGUGAUCCAAGAUAUUAAAAGCAUGUUAUACAGGGAGAUUCACUCGAAAGAGGCCCUGAAUAUUCUGUAAUAACUCUCGAUAGGAUGAAGCAAUCUGAACAAAACAACGUGAAAUGUGCUCUCCAGUAUAUGGAGCUUCGAACAAGCCGGGAUGCCCCUGAAUCAGAGCGUUGAGCUACGUUUAACCUCCCUUUGCAAGUUCCGGGUGCAUACCCCUGUAGCCCUUCACUCAGUCACUCGACUUCUCAUCAGGAUGGUGGUGUACAGUAUUCAGCAGCGUGUCUUCAUGGUGCGAACCUAUUGGGUCAUCAAUUCGUUUAAGUGAUAUCAGAGUGAAUUUAGGAAGAAACAUUCGUGAUGUACCCUCAAAGGCUAUGUUUACAGGUAAAAGUGGUAAAAAUCCCAUCUUUUUCUUCAUAUGUGACACAGAUGUGUGUCUGUGUGUCAGUGUGAAGAGCAAAAAACGCACUGAAUCUGACAUUUUCAAUUCUGAUUUCACGUGCUUUCAUAUGUGGUACUGAAAUCCGAUACGUAACCGAUGUGCAGCGAUGCGACAGAUCGGAAUUCAUGCGACUUUUACGUCAGUCCUACUCAACAUUCAUCAUAAUUUCACGCUGCUGAGACUCUUAAACAUUUGGGCUGAUGUUUCUGUACCAAAAAGUUAGAAGAGACUCAUCGCAACCGCUCUGUGUUCGAAGAGGUUUCGUACGAAACGGCCAAAUGCGAAUAAUCGCCCCUGUGAUGCUGGCGAAGACGAAACUGAACUCUCCGGGAGCGAUUGGCGUUCGCUGGCCGUCAUGAUUGUUUACCUCUGGAUGAGCCACGUGAAGCAUUGUUCUUUUGCGCAUGCGGGGCGGUUUAGGAGCUGAUCUGUUCAGACUGAUGUCACAAGCAGGUCACAUUUAAAAGACAAUUUGACCAGCCAAACAAAAAAAUCAGAUUUGGUGGGAAAAUCGGAUUUGGGCCACUUUUACCUGCUGUGUAAACGUGUUGUUCAGAAGAUGGUACGGAAACUGGAAACGACCGCUGAUCGCUUCUCAUGAUGGAUGCCAUCCGGAAGAACAUCCAAUGUGAAAUUGCUGCUAUCCCCCCUCCCAUUUCUUCUAAUAUGUUCUCAUGGUACACUAUGCUAUGUUCCAUGGGAAGCUCUUCUACACUGAAGCCAUUCUUUCUCAAUACUGCUGUCUAUCAUUCCCCUUACAUGAUUUCAUACAUGCAUUUCUUUUAUUCUGGUUGGCGCUGUUCUGAAUUAGUUAAUGAUGCUGAUGCUUUAUUUAACAAAUAUGGACUUGUGUGUGGAACAUGUAUGUAAUAAAAAAAAUGAAAAAAAAAAGUAUGAAUUG